AUGGAGAAAGAGGAACAAGCACUGGAUGAAAGCAGGAGCAGCUGUGAAGCAGGAUACACAUUCACUGCACCUCCCAAAUUCACUCGAACCCCAGAAGACCAAACCGGAGUCCAGGGGGGCGUGGCCUCCUUCGUGUGCCAGGCCACUGGAGACCCGCAGCCCAAGAUUGUGUGGAACAAGAAAGGCAAAAAAGUCAGCAGUCAGAGAUUUGAGGUGAUCGAGUUUGACGAUGGCUCCGGCUCUGUGCUUAGAAUCCAGCCCCUGAGGACACCCAGAGAUGAGGCUGUUUAUGAAUGCCACGCCUCCAACACCGCAGGAGAGUUGACUGCUACCACCAGGCUUAAUGUUCUACGAGAGGACCAGCUGCCAGCAGGGUUCCCCACAAUAGACAUGGGCCCUCAGCUUAAAGUGGUGGAGCGCUCUCGAACAGCCACCAUGCUCUGUGCUGCCAGCGGCAACCCUGACCCAGAAAUUACCUGGUUCAAGGACUUUCUGCCCGUCAACACAUCCAACAACAAUGGCCGUAUUAAGCAGCUCCGCUCAGAAUCCUUUGGUGGCACGCCCAUACGAGGUGCCCUUCAGAUUGAGAUGAGCGAGGAGUCGGACCAGGGGAAGUAUGAAUGCGUAGCCACCAACAGCGACGGCACUCGCUACUCCACUCCAGCCAAUCUUUACGUCAGAGAGCUCCGAGAAGUGCGACGGGUUCCUCCUCGCUUCUCCAUUCCCCCCGCGGACAGUGAGAUCAUGCCCGGAGGAAACGUCAACAUCACCUGCGUGGCUGUCGGCUCGCCCAUGCCCUACGUCAAGUGGAUGCUGGGAGCAGAAGACUUGACCCCAGAGGACGACAUGCCCAUCGGCCGCAACGUGCUGGAGCUGACCGAUGUGCGGCAGUCCAACAAUUACACGUGUGUGGCCAUGUCCACUCUGGGGGUGAUAGAGGCUGUGGCGCAAAUCAUCGUGAAAGCACUCCCAAAGCCUCCAGGAAUCCCUAUGGUGACAGAGCGAACAGCAACUAGCAUCACUCUGACCUGGGACUCUGGCAACCCUGAGCCUGUGUCCUAUUAUAUCAUACAGCAUCGUGCCAAAGGUUCAGAGGAUCCCUAUAAGGAGAUUGAUGGAAUUGCCACGACACGUUACAGUGUGGGUGGCCUUAGCCCUUAUUCCCAUUAUGAUUUUCGUGUGGCUGCUGUGAACACCAUUGGUCAGGGUCCUUCCAGUGAAGCAGUGGAGGCCCGUACAGCUGAGCAAGCCCCGUCUUCUCCUCCGCGACAGGUCCGGGGUCGUAUGUUGAGCACCACCACGGCCAUUAUUCACUGGGAUGAACCCGAGGAGCCCAAUGGACAAGUUGUGGGCUACAGAGUGUACUACACCAUUGACAACCUGCUGCCAGUCAAUCAGUGGGAGAAGCAGAUGGUGCGCAGCGCCAACUUCAUCACUAUCCAGAGUUUGACUCCUAACAAGACGUACUACAUCAGGGUUAUGGCGUUCACAUCUGUGGGAGAUGGACCUCUGUCUCAGGACCUGCAGAUAAUUGCUAAGACUGGAGUUCCCUCCCAGCCCUCUGAGUUUAAAGGUGAAGCCAAAUCUGAGACCAGUAUCCUCCUGUCCUGGGUGGCACCGCCCCAAGGAGGUCCGGACAACCAGAUCACGGGGUAUGAGCUGGUCUACCGACGAUCUGAUGAGACAGAGGAGAAGAAAGUUAACUUUGAGCCAACAACUUCAUAUCUUCUCAAGACUCUGAAGCCUUUCUCCACCUACACUUUCCAACUGGCAGCAAAAAGCAAACAUGGAGUUGGAGCUUACACGAAUGAAGUGUCCAUAGACACACCCCAGACGCUCCCUGCAGCACCACCUCAGAAUAUCACAUGCAGCAGCCCCUCUUCUACCAGCAUCCUGGUAAGUUGGGCGCCCCCUCCUGUGGAGUUUCAGAACGGCAUUAUAUCGGGAUACGCCAUCCAGUACUCCAACACUGAGGGCAACAAAACAUUCAAAACCGUCAACGGAGUUCCACCUGAAAGUGCAUCCUUUCUUCUGGAAAACCUGGAGAAAUGGACUGAAUAUGGGAUAACGGUACGCGCCAAGACGGAAGCCGGUGAUGGACCUGAAAGCUUACAACUGCUUAUCCGCACGGAGGAAGAUGUUCCAAGUGGCCCUCCCCGUGGAGUGCAGGCAGAGACAGUGAACGCCUCAGCCCUUAGAAUAACAUGGGGUGCCCCGGCUCCAGAGCGGCAGCAUGGUCAGAUCCGAGGCUUCCAAGUGCACUAUGUAGCGAUGAAGUAUGGAGAGCCUCAAGGCCAGCCCCUCAUCAAGGACAUCCUCAUGGAAGACACACAGUGGGGAUCCGAGGAGUCAACUGAAUAUGAGGUGGUUCUGGGAGAGCUGGAGGCUGACACCUCGUAUUCGGUGUCAGUGGGGGCUUACACGGCUAAGGGAGAUGGUGCACGGAGCAAACCUGUCAGCGUGUGCACGGCUUUGCCUUUUCCAAAGAUGCCCAAGCUGAUGGUUAGUGCCACUGAAGCAGGUACAGCCCUUCUACAGUGGUACCCGGCUCUAAACCCUCCCACUCCGCUCCUCGGGUAUAGGCUCACUUUUGGUCGCAUUGAUGUCCUUCCGUUUACGGUGGUUGAGUUUCCAGCAAAAGAAAACCGCUACACUGCGCAAGACAUCCAUAAAGGAGCGAGCUAUGUAUUCCGACUCUCUGCCCGGAACAAAAUGGGGUAUGGGGAGGAAGCUGUGAAGGAGGUCAGCACUCCAGAAGAUGCUCCAAGUGGAUAUCCAGAGAAUAUUAUCGCAGAAGAAGCAGCUGCCACCUCCAUGCGUCUUGCUUGGAAAACAGUUCCUCUCAUUGAACAAAAUGGCAAAAUCACAAAGUACUCUGUGCUGUUCAAGGAUAUCAACAGUCGAGGCAAUGCCUCAGAAGUUGUGGUGUCCUCACCAAAGUGCAGUGUUGUUUUGGAAGCUCUUAUUCCAGACACAGUGUACGAAGUCAGAGUGUGCGCAUUUACAGGUGUGGGCCAGGGGCCUUACAGUCCCAAUGUCCAAUUUCGGACGCAGCGGCUGGAUCAAGUUUUUGCCACCAAUUUCCGAGUGAAAGCUGCUAUGAAAAACUCAGUGCUCCUUUCCUGGGAGAUCCGAGACAAGAACCCCGUUCAACCAUUCACUAUCCUUUAUGGGAAAGGCCAGUCUGUGGAAGUGGAAGGGAAACAGACUCAAAAGUUGAUCACUGGUCUGGAGCCAGACACACAGUAUUCCUUCUUACUCACAAACCGAGCCAACAGCGCUGGAGGCCUGCAGCACCGAGUCACUGCCACCACGGCCCCAGACCUGCUGAAGACCAAACCCACCGUGGUGGGAAAAACCAAUGCAGACGGUAUGGUGACCGUGCAGCUGCCGACCGUCCAGACCACUGCUAAAGUCAGGGGCUACUAUGUUGUGGUGGUGCCGCUGAAGAGACAGAGAGGAGGCAAGUUUCUCAAUCCAUGGGAGGAUCCAGAUCAGAUGAAUUUAGAUGAGCUGCUGAAGGAGAUCAACAGAACCAGCGUAAGCCGCGCACUUCGUAUUCGCAGACAAGCGAGCCAAUCAGAUCCCAGAGCAUACGUGUCCGCCCACUUCAAAACGCUCCCGCUUGAGUUCACGUUAGGAGAUGGGCGAAACUUUGGAGAUUUCCGCAACCGCCCUCUGCAGAACGGACAGGAGUAUGUGUUCUUUGUGUUAGCGCUGCUGGACCUCUCCGAAAACACCAUGUUUUCCACAAGCCCCUACUCGGACCCAGUGACAUCAUCGGAUGUGGAUCCUCAGCCAAUCAUAGAUGAGGAGGAGGGGCUACUGUGGGUCGUCGGGCCUGUACUUGCGGUCAUCUUCAUCGUUUGCAUUGUCAUCGCCAUUUUGCUUUUUAAAAGCAAACCUGACAGGAAAAGAGCUGAGGCUGAGGGCAGGAAGGCGAGUUUUCCUUGCAGCAAAGCGAUGUCAUCCCAUCAUCCCACUGAUCCUGUGGAGCUGCGGAGGAUCAACUUCCAGACUCCAGCCUACCGCGUGUCUGUGUACCGUGGCUAUCGGCGACUGUCAAGCAUGGCAAGUCAUCCGCCCGUCUCCCUCUCUGAGCUGGCAGAUCACAUCGAGCGCCUGAAGGCUAAUGACAAUCUCAAGUUCUCUCAAGAGUAUGAGUCUGUGGACCCUGGGCAGCAGUUCACGUGGGAGAACUCAAACUUGGAGGUGAACAAACCAAAGAACCGCUACGCUAACGUCAUCGCCUACGAUCACUCCAGGGUCAUUCUCUCCAGCAUUGAGGGUGUCCCGGGCAGCGACUACACCAAUGCAAACUAUAUUGAUGGAUAUCGCCGUCAAAAUGCCUACAUUGCCACUCAGGGCCCACUCCCGGAAACCUUCGGAGACUUCUGGAGGAUGGUGUGGGAGCAGCACACCGCCAACAUAAUCAUGAUGACUAAGCUGGAGGAGAAAUCCAGGAUGCCCUCUUAUUUCUUCUCUAAGGUGAAGUGUGACCAGUACUGGCCGACCAGGGGCACAGAGACGUAUGGCCUGAUUCAGGUCACUCUGCUGGACACAGUGGAGUUGGCCACAUACUCCGUUAGAACCUUUGCUCUCUACAAGAGUGGCUGCAAUGAGAAGCGUGAGGUUCGUCAUUUCCAGUUCACGGCUUGGCCAGACCAUGGGGUUCCAGAACAUCCUACUCCCUUCUUAGCCUUUCUGCGUCGGGUCAAAGCUUGCAACCCUCCAGAUGCUGGUCCUAUGGUUGUUCAUUGCAGUGCUGGAGUGGGUCGCACCGGUUGCUUCAUUGUCAUCGACGCCAUGACGGAGAGGAUCAAGCACGAGAAGACCAUCGACACCUACGGUCACGUGACGCUGAUGCGCUCUCAGAGGAACUACAUGGUGCAGACAGAAGACCAGUACAUCUUCAUCCACGACGCGCUGCUCGAGGCCGUCACCUGUGGAAACACCGAAGUCCCAGCGCGUAACCUCUACUCGUACAUACAGAGGCUGACGCAGAUCGAGCCUGGCGAGAACGUCACGGGUAUGGAGGUGGAGUUUAAGCGUUUAGCGAGUGCCAAGGCCCACACUUCCCGGUUUGUGAGUGCCAACUUGCCAUGCAACAAAUUUAAGAACCGCCUGGUCAACAUUAUGCCCUAUGAGACCACGCGCGUUUGCCUGCAGCCAAUCAGAGGGGUCGAAGGGUCAGACUAUAUAAAUGCCAGCUUUAUUGAUGGAUACAGGCAACAGAAGGCCUACAUAGCAACCCAGGGUCCAUUGGCAGAGACCACAGAAGACUACUGGAGGAUGCUGUGGGAACACAACUCAACCAUUGUCGUCAUGCUCACUAAACUGAGGGAAAUGGGACGGGAGAAGUGUCAUCAGUACUGGCCCGCUGAGCGCUCAGCCAGGUACCAGUACUUUGUGGUGGACCCCAUGGCGGAGUACAACAUGCCCCAGUACAUCCUGAGAGAGUUCAAGGUCACAGACGCCAGGGACGGCCAAUCGCGAACUGUCCGCCAGUUUCAGUUCACUGAUUGGCCAGAGCAAGGAGUGCCAAAGUCCGGAGAGGGUUUUAUCGAUUUCAUUGGACAGGUGCAUAAAACGAAAGAGCAAUUUGGCCAAGAUGGUCCUAUAACGGUACACUGCAGUGCGGGUGUUGGGAGGACGGGUGUUUUCAUCACUCUUAGCAUCGUGCUGGAGAGGAUGAGGUACGAAGGCGUCGUGGACAUCUUUCAGACGGUGAAGAUGCUUCGCACUCAAAGACCAGCCACCGUCCAGACAGAGGACCAGUACCAGUUCUGCUACAGGGCCAGUCUGGAGUACCUGGGAAGCUUUGAUCACUAUGCAACAUAA